UUUUUGACAAUUGACCGUUUCAUCCAAUGUGCAGGACAUAUCUGCUGCUGUCCUCUUUGUACAGUGAUUUAGUCUGGAGAAAAUGUGGCCGUUCUGGAAACAAUCCAGGGGUGUUUCCCAAAAUUCCCUAAAUUGAUCAUAGAGACCACUGAUAGUUCUAUGAUCUGUUUAGGCUUACGAUGCUUUUGUGAAAUGCAGCCCAGUCUGGUUUGAGGUGUUUUUUUUUGUUUUUGUUUUUUUUUUUCUCAGCAGGGUUCAUCAUUUGCUCCUUUUAAUUGCAUAAAUUGCAAACUAUUUAUGAUGUUAUUGAGUUUUUAUUGCACUGCCUUAAUAAUUAGCCAGACCCAGAUGACAUUAGUUCACUUUCUCUCCACAACUGACUGCAGAAGGUUAAUGUGUGUUAAUGGGUGGAGUGCAAGUGAUUGGAACAAUGUUUUUCCAUAUUGCGAUCACAUGACCUCUUCUAAAUUGUACUGUGUAAGAAGCCAGCCAAUUCAUGCACAUGUAGUGAAUUGUGGUGAAUGAGCUUAUGACAUACUUAGGGGCACAAAAGUCUGUAAGUGCUUCUAUUUUGCAAUUUAAAAAUAGAAUUUCAUUUAAUGCAACAUUUUUUUUUUUUUUUUUGUAAUGACACUAGCACUAAAGCUGCAUGAACUCAUUUUAUGCCAGAACCUUUUCUUUGUUUUUACAUUUUUCAAAAUCCCAAACUUUAUUUUCAGGCUUAAUAAAAUAAAAUAAAAAUCCCAAGAUUCAAAGUGGUCUUAGAUUAUAUCAUAUUUAUAUUUCAUCUCAUAUAUAAAAGCACAAUUUUUAGAAAGUGUUAUCUAGAUGUUUAUAUAUACCGCCUACAUCUAAUGAAUGCUAGAUUAAAACUAAACAAAUGUUUACAUUUCAAAUUUCUCUAUGAGUGUGAUCUGCCAUGUGAGUAAGCAAUUGGUGAACUCGUUUGCCCAGAGGAACAUGGGAGCUUUUUAGCAUCUCAGAAAUCAAUAUUGUGAGAUCAAUGGCUCUCUGCUGAAGUGCUUUUCCCUCGUGCAAUCUGUGUCACACGUACACUGGGACACAAAAGAACUGCAAAAAAGGAACACAAAGGCCUCACAUUAAGCUCUGCCACUGGAAAGAAGACUUAAAAAUAGCAUUCAAAGAAAACACUGAUUCUAAGGAUAGACUGCAAAAUGACCAACUUCACAGAUGAAGAUCUGGACAACUAUUUGCAAAAUCAGGUUGAUCUCAGACAUCGGCUGGUUUCAAAGUCUGUAGAAGAUGUGCAGAAAAUCAUAAAAGAUCUUACGGCUGAGGUCAGCUCAAAGGAUGCUCGUUUCCAGUCCAUUGCAAACUCUGGAGUACAUAAUGCCAGCCUCAAAGACCAGCCAGCUUUAGUUUCAAAAUGGUCUGCAUUACUCAGAGGAAGAUGUGCAUACAACCCAGCCAUCCAAGUGCUCAGUCCAACUCUGUACCUGAUCUCGGUGCCUCUACAGGGCCUGACGGGUUAUAAGGGGAGGCGAACACGUCAGUGGCGUUACUACACGCUGAGUGGGUCUCGUCUCCUCUCACCGGUCCGUGAGCCAGAAAAGCUUUACCAGUGGCUGGAGCUGGAGAGUUUUGUCAACCCGAGUCAGGAGUGGCAGGAUUCUCGCAUGACCAUUGAGGGUGAUAUUGUGCCAGCCAAGGUGGUGAACGUCUUCAAAGAGCAUCUGGAGACAUCCAUAAAGACCUGCGGACUAACAAGUAAAGUGAGUAUGCUGGAAUCAGUUGGAUCAGUGGUGCGUGUUGCUGUGGAAACAUCAGAGGCACAAAUUGAGGUGGAACUGGUUCCUACAGUGGAGCUAAUGAACUACUGGCCGAGGAGGGCUCGGUGGCCCCGGCUCUUUCGGAGAUGGCCUUCCACAGAGCGCGCUCGCUGCAUUAAGUCGUUUGGAUUCAAUCUAAUGGCCACAUCAAACUACCACUGGCUGCUGUCAUUCUCACGGGCAGAGCAGGUGCUGUUGAGUAAUAUAGAUGAGGACGGCGGUUGCCGCAGGAAGUGUUAUUGGGUGGUCAGACAGCUCAAGGAGGACAUCUGGUGCCCUGGAAGCAAACCCGUCAUCACUGCCUACCAUCUACAGACGCUGCUUUUCUGGACAUGUGAGAAGUACCCCUGCACCAGGGACUGGAAAGACUUCAGGGGAUGCGUAUUACGGCUGGUGCAAAAACUACAUAAGUGUGUUAGCCAGCAUUAUCUCCGGCAUUACUUUGUACGAUCCCACAACCUUCUGAAAUACAGCAAUACUAAUGAGCUUGAUGACGUGGCAAAGAAGAUCAAUAAUUUCCUGGACAACCCAGGAACGUACGUUCAUUAGAAGCUUCCUCUGUGGGUUAGAUGGCAUAGAUCUAUGUUAGCUGUGCUCUGUUUUGACUGCAUCAUAUUGAUGAGAUGAUCAUGGUAAUAGGCUGUGGUUGACUAAAGUAUGUAUGUCUUUCCUCCUUUUGUCUAUUUUAUCCUGAAAUUUUCACCAGAAUUAUGAUGUCAGCUUUUUUACAGUAGGCCAACGUUGUGAAUGAAUGGAAUAAGAGACACUGAAUUAAAUAAUUCAAUUAAAUAUUUUUCU